AGAGCUCCGAUCAAACGACCGCAACGAAGGGUGUCCCGCGAAUGGGCAGCAAGACAUGAAUAAUGGUUAGGCUCAUUGAGCUCCUGCUGCUCGUCUCUAUCCCCUUCCUCAUCUACCUCCACCUCGUCCUAUCACCAUACACCAAGGUGGAGGAGUCAUUCAACAUCCAGGCUGCCCACGACAUUCUAAGAUAUGGAAUUCCAUCAAAGAAUAUCGCUAACGAGUUCCGCGAAAACUAUGAUCACUUCACAUUCCCGGGUGCUGUACCGCGGACGUUCGUGGGAGCUCUACUACUCGCUGGAGUUGCGCGACCGUUGAUAUGGUUAAGGGCCGGGCUCCAGAUUCAAAUCCUAGUGAGAGCAAUCCUGGGUACAUUCAACGCCCUUUCGUUGGUAUCUUACGCCCGGGCAGUCAAAAAAGCCUUCGGCAAAGAAACUGGCAUGUGGUACAUCUUUUUCCAAGCCAGUCAAUUUCAUGUGAUAUACUAUGCAUCUCGGACUCUUCCGAAUAUGUUUGCAUUUGGCAUCACUACUCUGGCUUUGCGGUUCCUUCUUCCUGAUACGGAUGCAACUCCUGGGAGCUCUAGCAGAAGGUAUCGGCUUUGUCUCUAUCUCCUUACUGUAGCGGGUAUCGUUUUCCGCUCAGAGAUAGCCUUGCUUUUGAGCACCAUCACUAUUUAUCACUGGUUGCAAGGAAACAUAAGCAUCCGCUAUGAAAUUAUUCCCGCUGGUUUAUCUGGCGCUUUAAUUGCAUUGCUCGUUUCGAUUCCCAUUGAUUCCUUCUUCUGGCAAAAAUUUCCUCUCUGGCCCGAACUCUCAGCGUUCUUAUAUAACGUGGUCUCCGGGAAGGCAUCUGACUGGGGAGUCCAUCCAUGGCAUUUCUACUUUACCAGCGCCAUUCCUCGGUUGCUUCUCAACCCCUUAACCUACCUUAUCUCAAUUCCCCUAUCAUGUAUCGUUCCAGCCAGGCAGCGUGCUGCCCUCUCACUCCUCACACCAUCCCUUGCAUACAUCGCCCUGUACAGCCUCCAGCCCCACAAAGAAUGGCGAUUUAUCAUAUACACCAUUCCGCCCCUUACCACGGCAGCCGCUCUCGGAGCAUCAUAUAUCUGGACUCACCGUACCAAAUCUCUGCUCUACCGUUUUGGUUCUAUCUCUCUCAUUCUUUCCACUCUCGCUGCCUUUUCGAUUUCCACAUUUAUCCUCCUCCCCGUCUCCAUGGCCAACUAUCCAGGCGCUCUCGCACUUAACAAGCUGCACGACCAAGCCCACGGCUCGAAGCCAGUGAUAGCAGUGCAUCUUGACACACUAGCGUGUCAAACGGGGGUAACUCACUUCCUCGAAAAACCACCACCCAAAAGUCCAUUGCUCGUCCUCCCCGGUUCACCGGAUGGAAAUGCCCCGACACUGCGUUCUGGAGCGACGCGCUGGAAGUACGAUAAGACGGAAGAUGAAAGCGUGAAGGGAUCCGCUAUCUUUUGGGAUAGACUGGAUUAUGCAUUGGUUGAGGACCCCGGUCAAAUUAAGGGCAGAGGGAAAUGGGUGGUUUUGGAAGAGGUUAAAGGGUUUGGUGGGAUUAGAUUAUUGAAGCCUGGACAAGGGGAAAGAUUGGGGCGGGUAGAGAUGGUAAUUCUGAAGAAGGUAUUUGGAGAUGCUGGUGUGAGUGUAUGGGAGUGGAUUCAGCGGAAUGCAAGAGGCCAUCUUACGCGUGGGUGGUGGGCGGAAAUUAAGAUGGUGCCAAAAAUUAAGAUCAUGAAGCAGGUUAGAUAUUCAAGUAUGUAGAGCCUGGUAGCGAUAGUAGCGGGUUUGGACUUGGUCGAUAUAUAUCUAUAUAUAGAUUCCGGUGUAUUUUAGGCAUUGAGGCGUAAAACUCGAUUUAAACAAUUGCAUAUCAUCAUUUGGAUGUAUUAAACCGCAGAAAGGGGUAUUAACAUGCGCAAAGGUAGCUAUUUAACAAGUCAAAAAAAAAAAUUGAAGCUAUAUGUCCUCCGAUCUGGUAAUGGAGAAAGUAAGAGUUCUGACUAGGACUAUUUUCCCAUAACGUCCAACCUCCUCUCCAGGUCUCUAAUCCACGGGCUCAUAACUUCCACAUUGCUUUUCAUCGCCGCUUCGCUUUCUUUCACCCUCUCUUCCAUAGCCUUUAACCCUUCUCUCCACUGCUCAAUCUCCUUCCUCAUUUCCACCUGACUCUGCUCCAAGGUGUCCAAAUCCUCACUAGCCUGUGCCGCACCAGCAUGAAUCGCCCGCAACGAGCGCAAUCUCUCUAGAACACUGGGUAGUAGUGGAUGCAGCGAUGUUAUUGUCGGCAAAGUGGUAUAAAGAGCUUGUAUCUUCGCUGCCUGCUCACUGGCCGCAGCCUCUGUUUCGGUCGGGGUGGCCUGUGCAGCUGCAGCGGGCACUUCGGGCGGUUCGUCGGUCGUUGCUGCCGCGAUGCGUGCCGCUAGGACGGCGCGGGCGGCCUCUGUAGCGCGUCGGCGGGCUGCAGUGAGCGCUUCGGCAUCGGCGGUGAGUUUGCGGAUUCGAGUGGUUAGGGCUUCGAGGUGAGGCGUUGUGAGGGUGGUGGGGAUGGCUGCAGGGCCGUUGGAUGGAGAUCCGGUUAAAGUGCUCGUGAGGGUGGAGAGCUGGGAGGAGAGAUGGGUUAGGGUCGGCAGAAUUGGCUGAAGGUCAGAUUCAGAUGGAUCGUCGGGGGAUAAUGGGACGGGCGUUUGGGAUAGUCCGAGGGCGGCCUCGAGUAGUCGGAGUCUAGCGUCGAAAGAUGCGGCGUUUGACAAAAGUGUGGAGGGUAUUCUGGCCGGUUGAGAGACGGAGGAUUCAGCCUCUUUUAGUUGACUUUCAGGUCCGGGAAACUGGAUUGUGGUAGACAGUCUCCUCAUCAAUGCCGCCUCUGAGGAGAAUGACGUUUGCUGUUCCCCCUUGGAGGAUGCGUAUAGUUUAUCCAGAGACCGGGUCAGUUCCAGAAUGCCGUCUUCUGUAACUUGAAUCUCCGAUUCGUCCGUUUGUUCACUCCGUUGUGUCUUCCGGUUGGAAAGCUCAUCCUUCAAUUCCUCUGCUUCUCUGCGUAAUCUUGCCAGUUUCCCCUCCAAUGAUUCCUCUUCAUCGUCGCUAAUAUCUGCCAAGAUUUCUGUUCCAUCAUCCCGUGUCCGCCUUGAGCGUUUAAUAGUCCGAUAUGAUUUCCUCUUAGAUGCAACACUAUCUGAGAAAUCUACAUCUCUUGCAUCCACCUUCACGGGCUCGAAUUGUGAGCGGGCAUGAUCGGGUUGCAAGCGUUGCCG